UACAUUGAGCCAUGGAAAGCCUUUUUCGUCCUCUUCUCACGUUGUUAUUAGUAGCCAUCUUCCAUACUCUGCCUCCUCUCGCCAGUUCUUUUCCUAUUUCUCCUAAUUUUCCGGCGGUUUUCAACUUUGGAGACUCUAACUCCGACACCGGAGAACUCAGCUCCGGUCUUGGCUUCCGCCUCCAACCUUCCUAUGGAAAAUCCUACUUCUUCAAACCUCCAUCGUCCGGAAGAUUCUGUAAUGGACGUCUCAUUGUCGAUUUUCUAAUGGAAGCAAUUGAUCGGCCUUAUUUGAGACCUUAUUUGGAUUCGGUAAGCACACAAAGUUACCGGAGAGGCUGCAAUUUUGCUGCGGGUGGAUCAACGAUUCAGAAGGCAAAUGCUGCAUCUAUUAGCCCUUUUGGUCUUGGUGUUCAAGUCUCUCAGUUUGUCACAUUUAAAUCCAAAGUUCUUCAAUUGUUACAACAAGAUGAAGAUCUUGAAAAAUACUUGCCAUCAGAAUAUUAUUUCAAAAAUGGAUUGUAUAUGUUUGAUAUCGGACAAAAUGAUAUUGCCGGGGCAUUUUACAACAAGACACUAGAUCAAGUUGUUGGUCUCAUUCCUACAAUCAUAGAUAUAUUUCAAGAUGGAAUAAAGAGACUAUACGUGGAAGGUGCAAGAAACUUUUGGAUACACAACACAGGACCACUUGGGUGUUUAGCUCAGGUUGUGUCAAUAUUUGGGAGAGACAAAUCAAAACUUGAUGAGUUUGGUUGUGUCAUUGACCAUAACCAAGCUGCUAAGCUCUUCAAUUCACAGCUUCAUGGUCUUUUCAAAAAACUCCCUCAACAAUAUCCUGAUUCUCGUUUCACAUACGUUGAUAUCUUCUCCAUCAAAUCCGACCUCAUCCUCAAUCAUUCCAAUUACGGUUUUGAUCAUUCGAUAAUGGUAUGUUGUGGAACCGGAGGACCACCAUUGAACUAUAAUAAUCAAGUUAACUGCGGUUCGACGGGAAAAUCAUCAGAUGGUACAAUAAUAACAGCCACAGCUUGUAAUGAUAGUUCCAAAUAUGUUAACUGGGAUGGGAUUCAUUACACUGAAGCUGCAAAUCGGUUUGUGGCACAUCACAUUCUCUCUGGUAGAUAUUCUGAGACGGCCUUGUCAUGGAAUCUUUAGAAAUACCUCAAGAAAAAUUGUUUACAGAAUACAAGUUAAUCUUAUAUACAUGAACACAUAUAUCUUAUUAUCUACACAUAUAGUUGUAUUUUAACUAAAUAUUUUAGCAAUGCCUCCCAAGGCUAGCUUUUGUUGUAAAACAGAGCUUUCCUUCAAUAACUUUCAUUCACAAUAAUAAAUGCUUUGACAUAAUAAAAGGAUCUUCUUCAAAGUUCCUGUAAUGUUUCUGUGUAUCUAUAGACCACACACAGGUUUGUACAACACUUUCCGACAAACAAAAAGCUACAAAAACUUCAGUAAAUGGUACAAUUUUUCAAAAUCAUAUUCUGAAUUCUUUGUAUUUUGUAACCUUAUCAGCUGCAUUGUCCAUUGCAUAACUCCUCCUCAUUGUUAUCUUCUGAGUUCGUUAGAAGAUUGUUUUCCACUUCCCCAUGUUCUUCUUCUUCUUCAAUGGCUGCCUCAGUCUCACAUUCUUUAUCCGAAUCAGCCAAAAGAUGAAAGAAAUCACCAAAAUACCACUUACAAUCUUCUUUCCACUCGCCUUUAUGUGCGUUAACACGCCAUUUCUGAUCUGCAAUCAUCUCUGGUGACAAACCCCAUCUCUCUAACUCUUCAUCCGUGUGAUGAAUCGCCAAGCUGUAGUCACCGCCUUGUCCUAACUCCAUGACUCUGAUCUCGCUGUUCCCUGGAUUGUUUAGUCCCUCAAACUGUUCCACGGUCCACUUGAACCAUUUCAUCAGAAAGACACGUGAUGUUAAACCGUGCGAGACAAUCACAAAGUUUAACUCAUGUGACGGGUUGAUGUGUAGCCUGUUCAUGUCUAUGUCUCUCCAU